AUGUCCAGCAAACGGGCCAAGGCCAAGACCACCAAGAAGCGGCCGCAAAGGGCCACUUCCAAUGUCUUCGCCAUGUUUGACCAGUCCCAGAUUCAGGAGUUUAAGGAGGCUUUCAACAUGAUCGACCAGAACCGUGAUGGCUUCAUUGACAAGGAGGACCUACACGACAUGCUGGCCUCACUGGGGAAGAACCCGACAGAUGAGUACCUAGAGGGCAUGAUGAGUGAGGCCCCAGGGCCCAUCAACUUCACCAUGUUCCUCACCAUGUUUGGGGAGAAGCUGAAUGGCACCGACCCUGAGGACGUGAUCCGCAACGCCUUUGCCUGCUUCGAUGAGGAGGCCUCAGGUUUCAUCCACGAGGACCACCUACGGGAGCUGCUCACCACCAUGGGUGACCGGUUCACGGAUGAGGAAGUAGAUGAGAUGUACCGCGAGGCACCCAUCGACAAAAAAGGCAACUUCAACUACGUGGAGUUCACCCGCAUCCUCAAACAUGGUGCCAAGGACAAGGACGACUAG